AAAGCGGCCAUCAGGCCCAAAUGAAAAAUAAUAAUUUACGGAGCAUUAGCAUCCCAGGAGACUGCAAGUAUGCACGUCAUUACACCACGACCAGCCGUCCAGCCAUCCGGAAGACGCCGUCGCUGACCGCAUACGGCCAACCGGCAACCCCAACCCGUCAUCCCGCCAUACGCCCAGCGUGAUUGCAGAUCAGCAGCCGCCUCCGGCUGCCCGUGUGCUGCUCUGCCGCACCUACACGUCGUAUAAAUCCUCCGAUUUCGGUCACUAUUCAUCUAGGUGAUUCCUCAGGGCUGCUUGGCUGCGUGCAUCAUGAGCGAAUCAUUUACUAUUCAGAUCAGUAAUGAUUUGGUUAAAAAACUUUCUGAUGAUAAUGAGAAGCUCAAGAAAAGAUCAAAGCAGCCAAAACCAAAGAUAUCAAACGAUUCACAGACUUCCUGGUCAAAGGCACAUCAAAAGCCUGUAUCUGAAGAGUCGAAUAAAUGGCCACUUGCACCGCCACCAUUGUACUUACCACUUCCUCCACUUGACCAGCCGUUGAUUGCAGAGUUAGAUGCUAUCAGGUGUGCAGUCCAAGAGAGUGAAAAGCUGGUGGAGAGGUUGCAGAAGAAGGAGGAGAACAUGUUAGAGGAAGUAACACAAAGGGCGAAGGAUCUCCAUGAGAAGGAAUUUAAACUUCCCGACAACAAGCCAAUCCCAUGCUUGGAGGAAAGAGAUGCUUGCACAAAAUGCUACAGGGAAAAUCAGGAGAACCCUCUCAAAUGUGCCAUUGCUGUUCAGAAAUUUGCAGAGUGUGCCCGAAGAGCUAGGUAACUGAUGAUGAUGAGUUCAGCAGAUUAUAAGGGGUCAUCAAAGUUGGGAUUUUCUAUGACCGGAAAUAAAUUGAAUCCUCAUACCUGUGAAACUUGAUUGAUCUUGUCACUUUGCUUGGUCUUUAUGUGAAACAGUAUCCUAGUUAUGAACUCUGUUUUUCUAUGGAAAAGUUUAUAUUGUGACAUACGGAGUACAUAUU